AUGAUUGGCCUCAUUUUGAUUCUUCAUGUUCAACAUUACAGCCUUUGUACUACGUUGCCUUCCCGUUGCAUUGCAUUCAUACUAAAUGAAUAUCUUUUCUUUUCUCCUACUCUCUCUCUCUCUCUCUCUCUCUCACCCAUACACAUUCUUUCUUAUCCUUUUUUUCACCAUACCUUUUCUUUUUUCUUCUCCUCUCUCUUUAGCCUAUACCUUCUCUUUUUCUUGCCUUCUCUCUUUAAUUCAUACCAUCUUUUACUCCUCCUCUAUCUUUACCCCAUACUAUCUCUUUUUCUCCUCUCUCUUUUGUUCAUACCUUCUCUUUUCCUCCUCCUCUCUCUUUACCCCAUACCAUCUCUUUUCACUACUCUCUUUUUAGCCUAUACCUCUUCUUUUUCUUCUCCUCUCUCUUUAGCCCAUACCUUCUCUUUUUCUUCUCCUCUCUCUUUAGCCCAUACCUUCUCUUUUUCUUCUCCUCUCUCUUUAGCCCAUACCUUCUCUUUUUCUUCUCCUCUCUCUUUAGCCCAUACCUUCUCUUUUUCUUCUUUUCUCUCUUUAGCCCAUACCUUCUUUUUUUCUCCUCCUCUCUCUUUUGCACAUAACUUCUCUGUUUCUCUCCUCCUCCCACUUCUGCUCAUUUUCUUUCGGAUUUGUUCUUUUUUUCAGAAUUCGACCAUCACCAACAGAUGCCAUUACUGUUACUACUCAGCAUCAACUCAUAAAUACAAUGCAGUUGUUGUUGUUGUCGCUCUCAAGUGUCAUGGUGAAUGUUAA